GACUGGACGUCGGGAUCCGAGAAUUCGAGAACACUCUAACAGGAAAGGAAGGCUGUCUGAGGAGUGGGUAAGGCAAAGUGAGAGUGAGAGCGAGCGGAAAUCGAAAGUGAUGACGGCGACCAUCGACGAUCUUGGCCACACCGGUUGGAUGUCCUCGGUGCAGAGCCUCUAUGUCACCCUGCUGGUUCCGUGUCUGCUCAUCCUGGUGAUCCUCUAUCUGUGCGAGCACCGGUACGAUGACAUUCUGGGGGUCUCACCGCCGGGACCCUGGGGUCUGCCCUGGCUGGGCUACCUGCCCUUCUUGGACGCCCGGGCUCCGCACAAGUCGCUCCAGGCGCUGGCCAAGCGGUAUGGCGGCAUCUUCGAGCUGAAGAUGGGCCGGGUGCGGACCGUGGUCCUGUCGGAUGCCGCUUUGGUGCGGGACUUCUUUCGCCGCGAGGUGAUGACUGGCCGGGCUCCACUGUACCUCACCCACGGCAUAAUGGGUGGAUAUGGAAUCAUCUGCGCCCAGGGUGACAUCUGGCGGCAUGCCCGGCGUGAGACAAGCGAAUGGCUCAGGGCUCUGGGCAUGACUCGUCGCCCGGGAAGGCUUCGUUCCCGGCUGGAGGAGCGCAUCGGGCGGGGCGUCGACGAGUGCGUCCGGCUUUACGAGGCUGAGGCAGAAAAGAGCUGUGGGUCGGAACUGAACCCGCAACACGCUCUGCACCACACGCUGGGCAACAUUAUCAACGACCUGGUGUUCGGAGUCACCUACAAACAGGACGAUCCCGACUGGCUGUACCUGCAGCGGCUGCAGGAGGAGGGCGUCAAGCUGAUUGGCGUCUCGGGGGUGGUCAACUUCCUGCCCUGGCUGCGUCAUCUGCCAUCCAACGAGCGCAACAUCCGCUUCCUGCUGGAGGGCAAGGCCAAGACGCACGCCAUCUACGACCGAAUAGUGGACGCUUGUGCCCAGCGGCUGAACGAGAAGCAGAAGAUGUUCAGAGAGCGCCAAGAGCUGAGGCGACAGGAGAAGCUGCUAGAGGAGCAACGAAGCCAGCCAGCAGAAGGGGAUCCAAACCUGGAAAAUGUCCGGGAGGAGCAGCAGGAUAACGAGGAGGACACCGACGAGGAGUUGAUCGAUGAGGACGAGGUCGACGAGGAUGAGUACGAGCCGGAGUGCAUCCUGGAGCACUUCCUCAUCCAUCGAGAUCGGGAGUCGCAGCUCUACUGCGACGACCAGCUGCGCCACCUGCUCGCCGAUCUCUUCGGUGCCGGCGUGGACACCUCGUUGGCCACCCUGCGCUGGUUCCUGCUCUACCUCGCCCGCGAGCAGCGCUGCCAGCGCCGCCUGCACGAACUCCUCCUCCCGCUGGGCCCGAGACCCACCCUGGAGGAGCUGGAGCCACUGACCUACCUGAGGGCCUGCAUCUCCGAGACGCUGCGCAUCCGCAGCGUGGUGCCACUGGGCAUUCCGCAUGGGAGCAAGCAGAACUUCACCAUGGGCGACUAUCACAUCAAGCGCGGCUCGAUGAUCGUUUCCCUGCAGUGGGCCAUCCACAUGGACCCGGUGGCCUUCCCGGAACCGGAGGAGUUUCGCCCGGAACGCUUCCUGACCCCCGACGGAGCUUACUCGGCGCCCCCGCAGUUCAUCCCCUUCUCGGCGGGCAACCGGAUGUGUCCCGGCGACGAAAUGGCCCGCAUGAUGCUCACCCUAUUCGCGGGUCGCAUCCUGAGGCGCUUCCACUUGGAGCUGCCUCCGGGCUGCGAGGUGGACAUGGAGGGCGAGGGCGGCAUCACCCUUACCCCAGCUCCGCACAGGCUGCGGUUCACCAAGCUGCCGUUGGUGGAGUUGCGCAAGGAACCCGACGGAGCGGUGUUCGAGGACUAGGUUGGGAGACUUUAUAUUAUUACUUUUUUUAUACCAUUUUUUUGUAUUUUACUUACGAUUAUAUGAUAACCUUUUGUGAGGGGGCCUAUUUAUCGCGUUCUUUUUGGAUGGGAAUCAACUUUUCUUCGGGAGAUCCGAAUUGAGAAGCAAGAAAUUGGUUUCCAAUGCUUUGACCUAGCGGUUUUGGGAAUAAAUAAACUAUCAACACUUAAAGGCCAAAGUUACGAUUGUAAAACUUAGACGCUAGACUUUUCCGAUAAUAGAAAUCAUUUCCGCAACAAUGAUUU